CUUGCACAGUGCGCCAGGCUUGAUCGCUUCACCGUAUCUGCGUCAGUCACUUCAAUUCUCCGAACGGCCAGUGCUCAGGCCUCUCUCCGCUGUCCAGAACAAUGUGCUGGUGGAGAAGACUUGCCCCCAUCUUACUUUCAGUGAGACUGUGGGCCUUGAUUAGUGCUUCGCAAGUGCCGCUCACACCUUCGGUCGAUACGUCACCCCGAGCAUGGCACUCCCGCCCAUGGAACGAACGUCUAAGCGAAGACGCGACGGGCAACCUCGUAUUCCAGUCUCUGGCAUCUCUUCUGCAAAUGAUGCCGAACUCCAAGUACCCUAUUGGCCACUCCAUUGCGCGUGCGAUCAUCCCGAAGGGCACUGUGCUUCACCACGGGAGAUUUUUACGCGGCUGCCCGUCGAUGGACUGGAUCGCGUUCGACCUCGAGCACUCCAUGAUGUUUGCCUUUGGCACGAACGGCACCUUGCUGACGUACAUCGCAACUCGCGAUCUGCAGCUCGUCUACUUUGACGGAUGCAGCGGCAACAAGUACGGCGGUGUGGGCGACACCCAAGACAUCUUGAUCUGGGGUGAGCCGGGCCGGACAGGGGACCCAGGAAGCCCGUGGAGGCACGAGAUAGACCGUAUAGUCGACGGAUGUGCUUGGGCAAGGCAAUACGGAAUUGACGGUUUCCUGCGGAUGGAAUUCGACUUCGAGGUCAUGUACUGCGAUUUCUCGCAGGGCCUGGAGCUUGUCUCUACCAUGUCGAGUGUGAACUCGUUAGCUGAUUUGGAUCCUUCUUCGCCUUUCCCGACUCCCUCAGACGCGUCACGAUCAGAAGACGAUCUUUCUGCACCGCCAUGGCAAGAUCGGCUCCCUCGUGGCCAGUGCACUCCAGAAGCGACGAUCCACGGGCUUACCCACAAUCAGCUCGACAAGGAGAACGGUCUGCUCAGAGAUCAGUUGGUCGAUGAUCCACGUUCGUACCCCAAGGGAUGGAAAGGGGCGCUGCCCGACCUAGACAUCGAAGGCUUUAACGCGGGGACAUGGCACAACCAGUUCCCAGGAGAAGUACGCGUCCGCGUUGAUCCCGCGAGUAUGUUCUCCUUCUACGACCCAGCCCUGACGUCGCUCGUCGAGGCGCGUCGCACAAUGGCGCGGGACGAGUACCGCCCGGGCAACAUCUCGCAGGCGGACAUCGCCCACGUGCGCGCGGACAUCGCCGAAGUCAUGACACGCAACUCGUCGGCGACGAGCGGGGUGGACUGGGAGGCCCUUGCACGGGUCAUCCAGGACCGCUUUUCAGGCCGACUCCCGUACGUGCGGCACCUUCUGCACCAGCCGGUGACGAACGUCACCGAACGGCUGGCGAGGGUCCGCAGGCAGCUCGUCGUCUCGCUCAUCCCGUACAUGCACCGCGAAGACAUCGGGGAGCCGGCAUGGUUCCCGAGGAUCGCGCGCGACUGCGCGGCGCGCUUCACGGGGCACUUGCCGCGGGCAGAGUUCACGAAGCAGGAGCGCGUUCUGCAUCACGCCGUGGAGGAGGUGCUGCACGAGAUCUGUCGAGUCUACACGGAGGCUUGGGUAGAUGCCUUCGACGCGGAAGAGAAGUCCGCCGACGUCGUCCGAGGAUACCUGGAGAAGUGGAGGGGUGAAUUCGACUCGCUUGUAGACUGGCUUGACUGGCCGGUAUGGAUCAAAUGCGAGCCCGCUUGUGGCGUCGACGUGAGUGCUUCCUGUGUUGGAUACAGAUCUAUGAGGUUGACAUGAUUGUCGUAGGAGCUCUGUUGGGUGCCGCAAGGCGCGCCGUGGGUUCCUGAUGGCGACUACGAACCGCACUGUAUUCCGAUAGACUUCGACGGGUUUCCGCCUCCACU